AUGGGUGAAGACCGAGGUGACGGCUCGUCAGCUGGGCCUCCACCAUUCGGAGUCCUGCCCCAACAACCUGCUGCUCAGAAUCGACCACCUCAACCUCCACAAGGAUGCGAAGAAUCGUGCGAUCACCUCGUUACCACUGAAUCUGACCAUUCGACCAUCCACUCAGGAUCCUUCGGUACCACAAAUUUUUCGUCUACUUUACAAAACGGUGGCUUUGCACCUGUGGUGGUACCUCGUUCUGUUUUCUCCUAUUUUGUGUCACCGAAGAGCGCCACGAUAAGCAAUUCGUUGAAAUUGUUCGAUGUGUACAUAGCGUUUCUAAAUCGAGUCAUCGAUGGGCUGAAAGUCUGUGCAUGUCCUUUUCAGCGUAUGGGUGUUUGGUCGGUCGAUUACAUUCCUCGUGGUGUACGAUUCGGACCUCUGCUUGGUGAGGUAAAGAUGAAUGGAGCCGAUUGCACGCCAGUUUGUCCGGCAGAAGCUUCCAGUGCUGGUGGAUCCUCCGGAAGCGGACCCUCUACCCCGACUGCUCCCACCACUUCGCCAAAGGAAUGGAAGGUGAUGUCACCGUCUGGUGGAAGGGCUCUGAAGACGAUUCUUGUCGAGGACGAUAGCCGCUGUAAUUGGAUGAAAUUCGUCAAUGUCGCCGUCUCGAACGAGACCCAGAAUUUGGUCGCCUGCCAGGUAAUCGCUUGA